AUGGAUACCGUACUGGUUAAUUCGAUGUGGGGUACCGGCGUUUCUAUGUGCUACAAAGAGGGUCGCGACCUCUGUUGCGAUACUUCGAAAAAGAACAAGAAAUUUGAAAACUGUGACUGGCACGAUGGCAGUGACCUGAUUCACCCCGUUACCGACAACCGUUGCUGGAACGGCUGUCCCGAGGGUCAAAUUCGGGUAGCAUCGAACAGCGAUGGUAAAUGCUCCUAUAGCGGUGCGAGCUUAUACUGCUGCGAUGGCACCGACUACACGGAGACAGAGCAUCUGUCAGAUGAUUUACAAAAGUUCAAAGAUGAGCUUGGCGAUUGGCUUAUGAACGCUAAAUGUGAACUGCAUCUGGUUAAAAGAAGUGGCGGUCUCGAAGUACGUGAGGAUCUUUGUGAGAUUGUCGCGAAGCAUUCUCUAGUAGUCAAGCUAGCUGCAAUUUUUGCUGGCUACUUGAAUCUGAGUGGUAGAACAAGCCACUAUAAUCGACUCGUCAAUAUCUGGAACAUGGUCACUGACCCAUUUGAACAUCUCAGUACUAGGUUCAUGCUUCCAUGGAUAACAUCCAAUGAUACAUAUCCAGAAUUCUAUUAG